CUCGGGCGUAUACUUGCCCGUUUGGGGACUGCACCUGCGCGUUGAAAAACCCUGACAGCAACCAAAGCCUAUUUCGUACCAAGCUACUAUCCUCUGACUGUUGCAAAAUGGGCUCAUCCCCUGACUCUAGUACUGGCUUCAGACACAAGUACCUAAGGCUUUCACGCCGCAGAUCUCAGUCCAUCAAUGACCUCGUGCCGUACUUGUCCCAGCCUGGACUGCCCAAGUCGCAAUUGCAUCGUGACAAGAGCUCACGCCUCAGCCCCCACAACUCCCUGAUCCAUCUCUCCGACAGCAAGUCUCUCAAGCAUAUCUUUGUACCACAGCACGAACCCUCGUGUCUGUUUAGCGAUAUAUCAGAGCUGCUUCCGCUAAUCAGACCCUUGGAACGGAAGCCUACACGCGAAGCAGACACCGCCGGCGUGCCCUUCACCCAUAUUAACACGCCUUCCGUCUACUCCAGCAUGGCUUUGCCUCACCCGGAAAUCCUAGAUACAUCCUCGACUGAGACACGUGAAGGUUUCAUGUCGCUGAUCAUCUCUGCCGCGCACCAUCUCACCAGCAGCAUUGUUCCUCGUGAGAAACCACUCGUGCGGGGCACCGAUGUGUCCACCUCUACUAUUCUUGAAGAGAACCAGUCCAUUACUAAGGCCACAAUGGUACAAUACGUGCAAUCCCAGUCUAUUAAGGAAUCCUCUAUAAAUACGUCCAGCAACGACGACCCUUCUCUCGCAACGUUUAGCGAAGCCACCAAACGUGACGACACCAACCCCAAAGUGAUCUUGACUCCUGCCACUAGUGAGGAGAGUACGCCGGGUUUCGUCGUGGCUUUGUCGCCACAGGUGUCAAAAAAUCGCCACAAGCCGAAAAUUUUUGCCACGUUCAAAACUAGGCGCCGUCUGCUUAGCCUUAACCGCACGGUGUUGUCGGCGGACCGCAGCGUGCGUGAGUUAUCGCUGUCCGUGCCGGAAACGCCUUUGGAGCCUACGCUAGAUGUGGAGUUUCACCAGUUGUUCAAGACACUUCCGAUGACGGAAAAGUGCACGGCUGUGUACGGCUGCGCGUUGUCGAAGGAAAUACUCGUCCACGGCAAGCUAUACGUGAGCACGCAUCACCUCUGUUUCAACUCAAACAGUCCCGGUUGGGUCACGAACUUGGUGAUUCCGUUGAAGAAGGUGGUACAAAUCGAGAAAAAGUCAACCGCAGUGAUGCUUCCCAAUGCGAUGGUGGUGCAGACGCUCCACGAGCGGUACGUAUUCGCAAGCUUCCUCUCGCGUGACUCAUCGUCCGACAUGCUCACCGAGACGUGGAGAAAUGCGGUGCAGGAAUCAGCAGUGAGAGGCGACCCCCGCCGUCUGAGAGCCCGCAGACGCUCGGGAACCCUUUCACUGACAUUCUGCUCGCCCACCGAUUUGUCGAGCGAAGAGCUAGACUACCACUAUUCGAGUAACACUGAGGAAUUGAGUAUAGCAAGUGACGAGCCUAAGGCGAGCGAACUAUCAUCCGGUGCGGAAACUGGACAUGCUCCAACAUUUCUUGGCUAUAUCAAAGCGCCAAGUGACGUUGAGAUUGUCAAUGAAACAUUGAAUGCGCCGCUUGGUACCGUAUUUGGAUACUUAUUCGGAAAUGAUGUGCUGAAUCUCCGCAAUAUCUUGGAGAAACAGAAUAAUAGGGAUAUCUCUCAGAUCCCUGUGUUCAAGAAGGAUCCAUCCGGGAAGAAAACCCGUAAGUACAACUAUGUGAAGCCUCUCCAUGGGCCAAUUGGCCCGAAGCAGACGAAGUGCGAGGUCACAGAAAUAAUUGAGAAGGAGGAUUUUGAUUCGUCAAUCAUGGUUUUGCGGUCAGCCAGAACCCCAGACAUGCCGUCUGGGGGGUCUUUUAGCGUCCAGACGCGCUUUUACUUUGCCUGGGGUGAGAAUAACGGCACUAAGGUAUACAUAGUAGCGUCUGUGGAGUGGACGAGCAAAAGCUGGAUCAAAAAUGCAGUAGAGAACGGUUCCAUCAGCGGGCAAAAAGAACUAUUGGGUAUUUUGAUAUCCGAACUUAAGGCAUUUGUUGCGGCAAAUGGGAAGGGUCGGACAAGAUCCAAGUCAAAGAGAAAGAAGUCAGAGGUGAUUGAGGCGGAGGUCACGCCAGUGGUGCCUCCUUCACCACUGCCUCCUGGGCUUAUAACUACAACUGAUUCCCUCUCUACUGCCAUCCCGUUGCCUAUCCCAUACAUUAUCAAGAUCCCAGCCUUGCUACUCAUUGUGUACCUUAUCUUUUCUUUCUUUGGACGGACUUCUAACGGUUUGCUAUUGGGGAGUGCUGGAAUGUAUCAAAUGGAGCAUAAUGGGCGGAUCUACAAUUUGGUUCCGUCUGUGCAUGACAGCAGGAAUGAGAAGUAUUUUGAGGCCGGCGGGGAACUCUGGGACUGGAUGCAUGAUAGGGCAGGUACCCGCAAGAGAGGUGAGGAAAGGAGCGGAUAGGGAAACAUUUCAGUAGAAAUGCUGGGGAGCUUAUGCGAUUGGAUGAAAUCUAGAUAGUGAUUUAGCAGG